AUGGCAGCUCGGCAAAAGGCCGCGGAUGAAGACUCAGACCUGAGCCCGCUGGAGGGGGACAGUGCAGAGGAGCUGGGUGUGCUGGACCCGGAACUGGAAGCCAUCAAGGCCAAAGUCCGUGAGAUGGAGGAGGAGGACGAGAGGCUCAAGGAGCUGCAGGCUGAGGCCAAGAACCACCUCAUCCUGAGAUCGCAGGCAGGUAUUCCCUUUCCUAGGACAGCAGAGGAGAAAAUCGAGGCUGAUCAGAGAUCCAUCUACGUGGGCAAUGUUGACUAUGGUGGAACAGCAGAAGAGCUGGAGUCCCAUUUCAAUAGCUGUGGGCAGAUCAACCGAGUGACCAUCCUCUGUGAUAAAUUCUCCGGACAUCCCAAAGGGUAUGCAUACAUUGAGUUUGAGGACAAGAGCUCUGUGAAGGCAGCGGUGGAGCUGGAUGAGAGCAUGUUCAGAGGCCGGGUCAUCAAGGUGCUGCCCAAGAGGACCAACAUGCCAGGUAUCAGCACAACUGACCGCGGGGGCUCGAGGGGCCGUUUUCCAAGCAGGGGGGCCCUGUCGCAAAGGGCGAACAUCUACGGAGCGCUGAGAGCAAGACCUCGAGGGAGAGUGUACAGGGGUCAUGGCAGGUUAUCGCCGUGGUACUCUCCCUACUAGGCCGAAGGAUGGGAUGACGCUGGAGACUCCAACAGGGCUGGAUUUAAA